CUCACAUGUACCAUACACGCCCUCCCUUGACAGUGAGCAGUAAGUCCAGAUGGAUGAGAGCAUAUGUUUCAGGCGAAGGAGGGAUGCGAGCGCCCGCUAGCACACGGUUGGCAAUGUUGGCGACGGAUGGCUGCAGGUCCAGCGUUGGCAUUAAACGUCGAGGUGAAGCUGUGCUGUUGCCCGCACAAGACUAUGCAGCGCAACGAGUGCGUUUCCUGCGUCACUGCCAAUCUGUGAUUCGACGGUUUGCACCGUUCUAUUUUGGACACUUGCUGUGUGAUUGCUACGCGCGUGACAGUUGGUCAGAAUCAAUCCCCCGAUUUACACAGGAGCUCACUGAUAGGCAAAUGGCGGACCACAACCGUGAUCUGUGACUUGAUACAGGCUGCAAUUUAUCGCUAUCAAUUCCCUCCCAGAGAACACAGAUUCAGAGAACCAGGUAGACACUGGCGCAGGUACAAUCGUACUGUCGAUUACCAGCACCAGGGGCGGCGUCUUAAUUCAUUGGCCGCACUUACAGGGAACACGCCCCCCGUGCAUGGCAAGAUGUUUGCCUCCCUUCCGACCAGCCCAAGACACACACACAGGCAGGCGACAGUGAACAAGAGCGUAGCAGCACCGCCCACCAACGAAAAAUGGAAAAGAGGCUUGCGAGCGUGGGCAGUGAACAGGGCACUGGUUGUGAGUGAGUGUGCGUUGGGUUGGCUGCAUGACGGCAGCACCCAGUGGCACCACCUCCAAAAGAAAGAAACAAUAAGGGCGACUAAAAAAGCCUGGUUUAUUUUGUGUCUCUGAUGCCAUUUUUUAUUUUUUAUUUUUUAUUUUUAUUUUUUAUUUUUUUAUUUAUUCGCACUAACUGCUGCGGCUGCGCCAUUGCGGAGAAAAGAAAGCCUCCCUCCUCCACAGCGCAGGAAAAAGCAACAACGGUGCUGUAAAGGCCGCUACAGGCACCCGCUGGCAAAAAGGAAAACAACAGGGACAGGCAAAAAGGAAAAGAAGCAACAAGCAGCAUCACUAUUUCUCUUGCUACUUUCUUUUUUAAACCUCUUCACAGAGAAAGCGGGAAACAGAGAGAUUCAGUUAAAACAUCUUCGAGUACAUAACCAACGGCUUCCUCCCUCAACUUUGUCUCGCCUACCACUCCUCCUUUCUUCCUCACCCCAAACAAAGAACCCUUGCUGUGCUUUUUUGUGUUUCUGGCUCUUCCUCUUCUGGUCGAACCUUUGCUCUCUUUCACACCUGAGACGGUUUUUUUUAAUUUUUAUGUUAUGUUGUUGCCGCCUGUUUUGGAUCCUCCCGCUCAUUCACUCGCAACCAAGACACACACACACACUUACCACGAUACAAACUGCCUAUUUUUUUUUAAUUUUUUUUUUUAAUCUUUCUAUCCAUUUUUCUCUUUCUUCGUCAACACUGAAAAAAGCACACGGCCCGGAAUCACCCUCCCUCUGAUUCCAUUUAUAUAACCAACUUGCCUCCCUCUAUCCCUUCUUCAGGCAUAGACCCUUUGUUUCUCAAUCCCGCGCCUUUCUCUCCUUCAAGCUUCUUCCUUUCUUCGCAGAUUGCCAGAGAGAGGGACUAUCGAAACCAUCGAACGUUUCCACUCCAAACAAGCGGAUACAACCCGUCGCCCUUGGGCCAACGUACCCGGCUUCGACCAUGAUGUCUGUUCACGACUACUCCCGCUCUUCGCCUGCUCCAGCAAGAGCGGCCAACAAUUACUCGCCAGCUCACGAUGAUGCUUCACACUACCGCCCGGCCAUGCAUCCUCAUUCGCCUCCCGAGUCUGUCUCUUCUAGCCCUCGAGUCAAGGCUGAACGCACUUUCUCCAUCGCUUCCGACUACUCGUCGCUACCCAGACUCGCUUCCAUUUCUGCUGCUUCCUCUUCCUCACACUCUCUGGUCAGACUACCCAGCCUAGAGGAGUUUGAUCUCGGUGUCGAGGCCAUUGCCCGUGCCAACGGCAACGCCCCCUCUUGGUCGCCGCCCUCGCCUCUACCUUCUAUUGCCCGCUCAGCUUCUGCUUCGUCCGGCUCAUCCAUGCGUCUGCCUCCUCUGGCUGUUCGCGCCUUUACUCCUCCUGCCGCUGCUCCUGUUCAUGCUGCUCCUCCUCCUCCUCCUCCAUCAUACCAGCCGUAUGCCCAUGGCGACGCUUACAUGCAUAUGCCCAUGGCCCAGGACAGCUACCCCAGCCCUCCUCCCGAGCACGGCGAGAACAGACACAUCAACCAAAAGUACACAACGGAAGAAGGUGACUUCAUCAUCUACGCUUGGCACGACAAGAAGCUCAAGUGGCAGCGCAUCAAGCAAGACUUUGCCACAAUGUUUGGCCGCACGCCAGAGCGCACCGUCCAAGGCCUCCAGGCCUGGUACUACAGAAUGAACCAGCGCAUCCCCGUCUGGGACAAGGAAGGCUGGUUGAUCUUUGACAACGACGAGGACCUCGAGCCCAAGCACGUCUCCAUCAAGUGCCGCGAGCGCGAUGGCCAGGACAAGCCCAUGGAGCCUCUUGGUCUCGCCCAGCGAUACCCCGAGCGUGCCGUUCACUACUCAUGGGUCGAUCCCGAUCUCAAAGUCAAGGCUAGAGAUUGGGCCAACAAGAGAUCGAUGCAGUACCGUGACCGCCGAGAGCGUCGCCGCAGAAAGGAGCAACGUCGUCUCAAGCUCUAAAUGGGCCCGGCAAUGUUGUCUCACCAUGAAGCGUUCCGCAUUCCAUACCCUUUCCCUUGCACCAUUGUACUAUAUUUAUCCUUCUUUGUUCAAUAGCUCCCCCGCCCAGUACGCCUUACAGCUUACAAUGAGCCUGUCUUUUCCUCAAAAAGUUUCCUUUUUUUUCCUUUUGCUUAAUGGCCCUCUGUUUCAUCAUCACCCAAAAAUACUUUUCCAUCUCGAUUCAUCUGAAUCACUCCGCACUCACUACCUGUACGAUUACGACUAUUUCUUUGCCUUUUAUUUUCUCGACUGCUCGAUUUCUUACUAUUCUUCAUUCUUUCUUUGUUUUUCACGUUGCUGGUCGCGGCUGAGGCAGCGCCAUGUGAAUAUGAUAAUGUCUAGACGGAUUUGGACGGAUAUAAUGGCUUUUUAUUCUCAAAGGACGACGAGUUCCUUGACACAUACAGCGCGAAUCUUUGUAUAAUACCUUUUUGGCUUUUUAUUGUUUUCUUUCCUUGCGAAAUAGCAGCAUAUCUUACCAUAGCUACUGGCAGACCAAAAACAAGUCUAUUCUACAAUCAAUGUUCGUUUCCUUACAAGUGACUGAAACAAACUGCGACUUGCCAGCACGCAAAAAGAGAGACAACCCCAACAAGUUUUUUCUGAAACGGGUGUUCGUCAAGUGCAGCAACCAUGCAAAACGGGCCGAUUAGCGCUGUUCUGUUCGCUCUUGUGCCAGUCCUCGCGGCUGCGCGCUUGCUGAGCUCGGUGUGAGCCACCGCCCGCACAUGCACAUAUGCAGACCCAAGAAUAGCGACGUGCCACACCAUGCCGUCGAGCUGCGCUUUGAUGCUGUUUGCUUAUGUCUUAAUGUAUGUCGAUCGUUUCACGUGGCUUUCCAUUCACAACUUGCAGCGGCGUCUUCAACAAGCGGUGCUGGGCACAAACAUUCCGACUGUUCUGUAGGCUAAUGCCUCUUUUGGGUAUUUCGAUUUCUCGGACGAAAUUCGCUGUUUGAGGAACUUUUGGGAUUUCUGUGAGUGUUGUCAAACAAAUCGAUCAGAUAGCUUAGAGCAUGCAACGUUGCAAUAGAGUGUAGCAUGUUUGUUGCAUGAUAUCUUCUCGACUUGGCUGUGGUGUGUGUCUAACAAUCCUCUUCGUUCAAUAUCAAGGGUCAAUACAUCGUGGAAAAAGUACGCUGUAUGUUUCCUUAGCUUGAACUUGGGUGGCGCAAACAAGAGUAGCUCUGCGUAUUGACUCUGAAAUCGGGGUUCUUGAAAGCAUUGGGCAUCUAUGCAUAGUCCAACUCUUGCUCGGUUUGGAUACGGUGACGCUUCAUAUGGGCGACAAUUCGGGCCAUUCUGGCAUCGUCAUCGAGGUCUGCUUCUGUCGCCAUGUCGUCGCUGUCAUACUCAUCCUCAUCAAAUUCUUCGUCGUCUGAGGCAUUAUUGUUUCUGAACCAGUAUGGGUUACGCCCGUAUUCAUCGUCAGAAGCCACUUCAUCCUCCGGAUAAUCGGCAGUGUAGUGGUUUUCUGCGUUUUCAUCCUCCUCAUCCUCGCCCAACUCGUCGUCAUCGUCAUUCUGCGCGCCGUAGAAAAGCAUUGUAUCUUCUUCGCCUUCUAGGACCAAAACACCGAUAUCGGAUGGCGAUACAUCGAUUGCCAUGUAAUUCGCUGGCACUCGGAUGUAUUCUUCAAUAAUCCAGUCUUCACCCUCUUCGCCAUCCUCAUCGCUCAUUUCGGUAGGUGUUGCAGUAUUGCUCAUUUCUGUGUCGGCUUCCUGUAGUUGUGGAUGACGUUCUUGAUAUCUCUGAGCCGGUGCCUUUGGCUUAAAUCUUGCCUUUUCUGCCGCCUUCUUGUCCUCUUCAAUCUGAUACAAGCUCGCGCCGACCUCUCGGAGAACCCACUCGUUCAUGUCGGCGGCGAUUUUAUCCAUAUCCUCGUUAUGGCGGUUGAUCAUUGGUUCGGGUAACACCUCUUUCGUUGAUGCUUCUGCUGAUUCCCCUACUGCCCUUUUCGAUACGCCAGGUCGUUUUAAAUCCUUCUGCUUGACAUCAUCCGUUGGAAGCUCCUGCGAAGAGCUCAUUUGUGGCGCCAGACUACGCCGGGGCUUUGCCAGAAGACGCUUCCGUUUUGUGCGCUCUACAAACAGCGUUGGCCUUUGUCUCUCUUUCUUGAAUAUGUUACCACCCGUGGGCUGCUUGGCUGCAGCUGCAAGCAUGGCGCGGGAGACGUGGAAGCGCCGCUGCUCUUUGUUGGAGCUGAUGGCCUGUUUUAUUUCGUCUUCAGUAGGAGUUUUGGAGGGCAGCUCUUCUUUUGGUGCUGUCGGAGCGCCUGGACCUCCAGAGACGUGUAUAACGGGUACCUGGUUUGGAUGCUGGCCAGGCCGUUUUGUCGAUGCAUCUUUUCGUUGGUAGACCCAGUUGGCUUCACUUCGGUGUCGCUUCGUACCAUGAUCGAGCU